AAGAUUGCCGGGAGGAAGAAGCUAGUUAACUCCUACAGCUAAAAAAGAGUUGCCAGAAAGAGUAGCCAUCGGUGGUAGUUACAGUAGAGCAAAUGUUAGCUGUCAGACCAGUGUCUGAGGCUUCAAAAGGUCAGGCAGGAUCUACUGGAGUUGUGGUGACUUGACUGGGCUGUACAUAGGAACAAUGUCGAUAGAAGUACUCUAGACAUGAGGAAGAGAGAAGCAAGAGCAAAGAAACUCAAAGAGGGAAACUAGAGAAAAGAAGCACCAGAGUCAAGAAAGGAAAUCGAGCAGACAGCAGUCUAGAGUUACUGUGUGGCUUUCACCCUCUGCUACGAGCUGAAAGGCACAGCUUUCAGAAAUGUCAGAAAUCCUUCGGGAACUAGUCUAUGUUUCUGAAAAGGCAGCAAACAUUGCCCGGGCCUGCAGGCAGCAAGAAUCACUUUUCCAACUACUAAUAGAAGAAAAGAAAGAUGGAGAAAAGAACAAGAAAUUUAUAAAUGAUUUCAAGACAUUGGCUGAUGUGCUGGUACAGGAAGUUAUAAAACAGAAUAUGGGAAACAAGUUUCCAGGCUUGGAAAAUCACAUAUAUGGAGAAGAAUCCAAUGAAUUUACUAAUGAGCUAGGAGAAAAGAUCACAGUAAAAGUAUGUCCCACAGAAGAAGAAACUGCACAACUUCUUAGUAAAGUUCUUAAUGGUAACCAGUUAGCAUCUGAAGCACUGGCCCACGCUGUUCAUCAAGAUAUUUCAUUUAAUGACCCAACUCUGGAUUUGGUGAAAAUCAACAUUCCACAAGAUAUCAUGGGAAUGUGGGUGGAUCCCAUAGACUCCACUUACCAAUACAUAAAAGGGUCUGCUGACAUCAAGCCUAAUCAAGGAAUCUUUCCAUGUGGACUUCAAUGUGUAACUAUAUUAAUUGGUGUCUAUGACAGACAAACAGGGGUGCCUUUGAUUGGAGUCAUCAAUCAGCCAUUUGCAUCACAAGAUUUAAAAACACUCAGGUGGAAAGGGCAGUACUUUUGGGGCCUUUCUUAUUUGGAUUUCAAUAUUCAUUCACUUCAGCUUUCUAGUGAGAAUGGAAAUAACAGAGAAACAGCCAACCAGAUGACUGAAGAGUCCAGUUCUGAACCUAAAUUCAUCCAGCACUUUUCGGCUGUCAUUAGUACAAGUGAAAAGGACACCAUCAAAACAGCCCUAUCCAAUGUAUGUGGCGAAAAUGUAUAUGGGGCAGCUGGAGCUGGGUACAAGAGUCUUUGUGUUGUACAAGGUCUUGUUGAUGUCUACAUCUUUUCUGAGGAUACUACAUUUAAAUGGGACUCCUGUGCUGCUCAUGCCAUACUGAAGUCAAUCGGUGGAGGAAUGGUGGAUUUGAAGAAGUGCUUAAAAAGAAACCCAGAAACUGGGUCUGAUUUACCACAUUUGUUGUAUAAUGUGGACAACCAAGGAGCUACUGGUAUAGAUCGAUGGGCCAAUAAGGGUGGACUUGUUGCUUACAGAUCACAGAAACGGCUAGAAACAUUCCUGGAUCUGCUGAUUAAAAAUUUGUCACUUUCUAGUACAUUAGCAUAGGUGGUACCUGAAAUUAAUGUAUAAUUUGUCUUAUACCAUAACAGUAUUUCUGAUGACCUCUUAGCUCUAAAGUAGCUUUGUGUUGUUUCGUGGUUAAAUGUUCAAGUUCUUCCUAUGAAAUACAAUCCCUAUUUGCACUUAAAAGCAACUUUUUCUUUUACUGUGCUUUAAAAAUCACUAAUUCUGAUCUUUAAGAUUGAAGAAUUUUGUGUAAUGAUAUAAAUACUAAUGUAUCAAAAGCAACAUUAGUCUACCAAAGUGGUCCAAAACAGAAUAUUUAAAUUUUGUAGUAGAGUCUUUGAAUUAUGCUAAAAAUCAGUUUUGAUGGGAAAAGACAUCAGUUUCUGUGGGAAAUGGAUUGUGUUCUAAAUCUACACCCAAUGAUUUAUCAUCCAAUUUUAAAAAAUCUAAGUUACAGAGAGUUUUGGAGAAAAUAGUCUCCAUACCAUGUGAUUCUUUGCUCAUAUAAAUGUUGCCGACUGCUAACUCUUAUUUAAAUUAUCUGGUAGCUUUUCCUAUUUUGUGGUCUUUUAGAGCCACCUCUACUAACUAGAAAGAUGAAUAGAAUGGGAGGAAAGAAGUUUGAGUUCAAGCAGACAGUGAGAGCAUCAUGGAAACUAAAAGAAGACCAAAAGCAGAACCAGCCCCUUCAAAACUCUGCUUUCUAUUUCUCAGGAAGAUUGCCUGACUUGUCUGCCCUGCGCCCUCUGGUGGCUAUUAGGAAUCCUUAUCAUGUUCUUUAUCUUAAUAUAAAGCACUGGACUCAAAUUUAGUGUCUCAGUAAGAGAAUAUUUUGUUUGUAGACAAUUGACAUUACAAAUCAGUCUAUCUUCUAAUUUUUUUCUUUGUCUUUCCUUUUAGGGUCCUCUGAUUUUCAGAGUGUACAAAUAAAAAUUACUUAAUCCAAAUCAAUGAAUAAGUAUUUAUUAAGUGCCAUAAGUGCUAGGGAUACGAAAGGAGGCAAAAAGUCAGUCCUUCCCCUCAAAGAAUUCCCAGUGUAAUGGAAGAGCUCAUAAUCAAAUGGAUGAAUCAAGAAAUAUUUAUUCUGAUAUUAUCAAAACAGUCCUUUCUCAUAUAAUGGCUUUCCCUCCAGAGAUGAGAAAAGUAGAUUGGUAGGAAUUAUUACCUAACUGGUGAAAACUAGUUAAGGUAACUGUGAAACCUGAUACUUCUCACUCGUGCGAAUCAUUUACAAAAUGUUCAGUUGGUCUUUUUGCUUAAAAAUUUCACAUAAACCAGUUUGGGAUUGUAAACCAGGGUAUUUUAUUUAUUUUCUUAUUCUUUAUGAUUAUUUUCAUUACUGUGUGAUAACAUGCAUGUGAUUAAAAUCCAAACUGGAAUAAAGAACUACAUUGCAAGCAA